AUGGCGAAGCACCGUAAAGACAGAGACAGCUGGGGUGAGUGGUCCCUCGGUGACAAAAAUGUGUACGACUGGAGCUCAGAGGAAGAGGAGCCGGAUGGACGAGCUCGGCCCGUCCAGGUGCUGUUGGUUAAAGACGACCACACAUUCGAGCUGGACGAGGCAGCACUGAGCCGCAUCCUGCUGUCAGAGGAGGUCAGAGACCGCGAGGUGGUGGCUAUCUCUGUGGCCGGAGCUUUCCGCAAGGGCAAAUCCUUCCUCAUGGACUUCAUGCUGCGCUACAUGUACAAGCAUGCAUCUGAAGACUGGCUCGGGGAUUCAGACGAGCCUCUGACUGGCUUCUCCUGGAGGGGGGGCUCAGAGAGGGAGACUACAGGGAUCCAGAUCUGGAGCGAGGUCUUCCUGGUGGACAAGCCAGAUGGAACAAAGGUCGCAGUGUUGCUCAUGGACACACAGGGCACGUUUGACAGCCAGUCGACGCUGAGGGAUUCGGCCACCGUGUUCGCUCUGAGCACCAUGAUCAGCUCAAUGCAGGUUUACAACAUCUCACAGAAUGUACAAGAAGACGACCUUCAGCACUUGCAGCUUUUCACUGAGUACGGCAGACUAGCGAUGGAGGAGACAUUCCUCAAACCUUUCCAGUCCAUGAUUUUCCUCAUUCGAGACUGGAGUUUUCCAUAUGAGUUUCCAUACGGACAGGAAGGAGGAAUGAAGUUCCUCGAAAAGAGACUCAAGAUCUCAGAGAACCAGCAUGAAGAGCUGCAGAAUGUGCGUAAACACAUCCAUUCCUGCUUCACCAACAUCUCCUGUUUCCUGAUGCCUCACCCCGGUCUCAAAGUGGCCACCAACCCACACUUUGAUGGAAGGAUUAAAGAGAUCGACGGCGAGUUCAUCAACAACCUGACGAUCCUGGUCCCCUGGCUGCUGAGUCCUCGCAACAUCGACGUUAAGGAGAUCAACGGCAGCAAAAUCACCUGCAGAGGCCUGGUGGAGUACUUUAAGGCAUACAUCAAAAUCUACCAAGGUGAGGAGCUGCCUCAUCCAAAAUCCAUGCUGCAGGCCACGGCAGAGGCGAAUAAUUUGGCAGCAGUUGCAGCUGCAAAAGAUCUGUACAACAAGAAAAUGGAGGAGGUCUGUGGGGGUGAUCGGCCCUUCCUGGCCCCCAGCGAGCUGCAGGCCCGACACAGCGUCAUCAGAGAAGAAGCGCUGCAGGUUUUCCGGGGCGUGAAGAAGAUGGGAGGCGAGGAGUUCAGCCGCCGCUACCUGCAGCAGCUGGAGGGAGAAAUCGACGAGGUGUUUGUCCAGUACAUCAAGCACAAUGACUCCAAGAACAUUUUCCACGCUGCCCGCACGCCGGCCACCCUGUUCGUGGUCAUCUUUGUCAUGUACGUGGCCGCGGGCAUCACAGGCUUUGUGGGUGUGGACAUCAUUGCCAGCUUGUGUAACAUGAUCCUGGGCCUGGCAUUGAUCACUCUCUGCACCUGGGCCUACAUCCGGUACUCCGGGGAGUACAGGGAACUGGGCGCCGUCAUCGACCAGGUGGCUGGUGCACUGUGGGACCAGGGAAGCACAAAUGAGGCUCUCUACAAGCUGUAUAACGUAGCGGCCAAUCACAGGCACCUGUACCACCACGCCUUCCCGGGUCCGCAGAUGGAGGACGUCGCAGAGGAGCACGACAGGAAGAGGAACUGA